AUGGCUGCGACUGUCCUCGCCUUGGUUGUUUCUGCGGGGCUGCUCAUCGUGCCGGGCUUGCUCCUGUUCGUAUGGACGGCUCUUGUCCGCAAGACCCAUCGCAGCCGGGUCACCGUUCUGGUCUUGGGCGAUGUCGGGCGCUCGCCCCGGAUGCAGUACCAUGUCCUAUCACUCAUCCAGAACGGCUUCAGCGUUGACCUGGUGGGCUAUCGCGGCGCCGAUCCGCUUGCCCAAAUCUCGUCGUCGCCGCACGUCACCCUGUGGUAUCUGCCCCAGCCGCCCAAGAUGGAUGCAAGCGGGUCCAGGGCUCUCUAUCUGCUCAAAGGCGUGCAGCGCUCGGCUGUGCAGUUCCUGCGAAUCCUGGGCUUGCUGCUGUUCGUCGUUCCAAAGCCCGGCCAUAUCCUGAUCCAGAAUCCUCCGGCCAUUCCGACGCUGGCUAUCGCUCAGAUCGUCCGGCUCCUCAAUCGCUCCCGCCUCAUCAUCGAUUGGCACAACCUCGGCUACUCGAUCAUGGCUAUAUCGCUGGGCGAGACCAACAAGAUGGUCAAGAUCGCAAAGAUCUACGAGAGACUCCUAGGCUGCUCGGCCGAUGCGCAUCUGUGCGUGACCAAAGCAAUGGCAUCGCUUGUUCAACAGAAUUGGCAUGCAAGCGGCGACUGUGUGGUGCUCUACGACAAGGCCCCAUCCAACUUCCAUCGGCUGUCGCUCGACGAGAUCCACAACUUUUUGCUCAAGCUGGACUUUAGCCAGAACGAAAUGCAGUACCGGUGCGAGCCUUCGGCAUCCUUGUCGACUCUGCUGACCGCCAAGCAGCAGCCCAGUAGCCCAGCCUUCUCACGGCCGGACCGACCGGCGCUGAUUGUCAGCAGCACCAGCUGGACCGAGGACGAGGACUUUUCGAUUUUGGCGGACGCCAUCCAGGCCUAUGACCGCCAGGCCGUCGCCCGGGCUUCUAGAGCUGACCAGCCCUUGCCGCGUUUGUUCAUUGUGAUUACGGGCAAGGGUGCGCUGAAGGAACCGUUCAUGGCCUCGAUCAACGAAAUGGACCUACAGUUCGUCACUGUCAAGACAGCAUGGCUGAAGAUGGAGGACUACCCUAUGCUGCUGGGAUGUGCCGAUUUGGGUGUUUCGCUGCACUACUCGUCAUCCGGUCUAGAUCUGCCGAUGAAGGUUGUCGACAUGUUUGGCUGCUCGCUGCCUGCAUGCAGCAUUGGAUAUCAAUGCAUCGAUGAGCUGAUCCGACACAAGAAGAAUGGCCUUAUCUUCGAGAGUGCCGAGGAGCUGUCUAGCCAGUGGAUCGAGCUGCUCGAAGGGUUUCCCCACAAGACCGACAGGAUUGACGAGCUUCGUCAAGGUAUCCGGGAGCUCAGCCAAGAUCGGUGGAGCGACAACUGGGACAAGCACGCCAAGGACCUGUUUGCCUCGCGCCGCUAG